AAGAUGGAAGAGGAAUAAGCAAUCUUUUUUAUGAAAAAUAUGUAACCUACAUUUACAUUUGUAACCUUUAAAUCGCGCCGGUAGUACGUAAUUAGUAAGUUGUACGAAGAUUUGUCUAAUUUAUCAGACUUCGGCGAAAUGAGCCGAACAUUGUUUGUCUUAUCGGACUAUGGCGGACAAAGGGUUAAUCAUUGCUCUGCCCCUACGUUUGAUGGAUAUAAUAUAUGCCAUUUUUGGAAAACAAAGAGUCCCGUUGGAACUCCGUAAUCCGCAUGCGCUAAACUCAGACCCGAAGUUAGCAUCUUCCGGGCGGCGAUGCCAACGUAACGGGCACGGGCGCGCGGGCGGCCGGGCGCGACCCGCGUAUCGAUCCACCCGCCCCAUCGCCCCUUGCCGUCGCCGCGCCGGCAAAAACAUUGCGCUGCCGUGAAACGUUUUACCUAUACAUCUUAGUUAUGUGACUUGAUUGAGAUCACUGCAUUACAGCAUUAAUUCACCAUGGACACGAGUUCUAUGACAACGUCAGGGCUCCUCGAGUGGGAGUUUUCGUUGCCGUCGGACCAGAUAAUAUCGCACGGGUGGUACCACGGCGCGCUGAGCCGCGCGGCGGCCGAGAGCCUGCUGCAGCAGGACCGCGAGUUCCUGGUGCGCGACUCCUCCUCGCAGCCCGACAACUACGUGCUCAGCUGCCGCUCCAACGGCCAGCAUUUACAUUUCGUUAUCCAGCGGAUUGUUGUACACCCAGAAACUGUGUACGAAAGAUACCAAUACCAAUUUGAAGAUGAAGCUUACGAUACGGUUGCUGAUCUGAUUACGUCUUAUGUGGGUUCUGGAAAGCCUAUAUCUGCCGCAUCGGGCGCGAGAAUACAGUAUCCGGCUAACAGAAUAGUACCUCUCACAAACUACAUACCUAACGAUGACCCCAACUCAGUUGUGUCCCCUGUGGGUGACGGAUCUAGCUAUGGUAACCCUUACAGCCUAUACAGUCAUUUCGCUUCCAAACCAGGGAUGCAACUACGUGCGCCUUUUAAAAAGCAACGUUCUCAUUCGCUGACGCCUAUUGACAUGGGUCAGCAUGCGAACCAGGCGAAGAGCGCGAGUGCAGAUGGGGUAAUUCAAAGUCAAACAAUGAAACAUGUUAAAAACUUCUCGAGUGAAUCAAAUACCUGUUCUGGCACCUGGGAUGUGAAUCUCCCUACUAGCCCUCCCGCCAAACCGGCUAGAUACGAUGGCCCUAAAUCGGACGACAGGCGAUUGGAAUUGCAAAGACUGUACCACGUGUCAGGAUCAGACUCAGGAAAUGGCUCCGGGGACUCGACUCAAAGCUCAGCCCAUAGCGAUCCGAAUAAAUCAAGGAUUGACUCGGACUACAAUGUAGUGACUCCAACGAUAAAACAGCAGUUCGACUACGAGCUGACUGAAGCACGGCUAUUGCAAUCCGAAAAUUUAGACUAUACCGUAGAUUCCCGAAUUAACCUUGAGAACUUCCAAUCACAAAUAAUAUUAUCAGGACUUUCAAAACCGUUGGAAUCUGAGACUUUGCACACAAUCAAGCUCUUGUUACGAACAUCCGGGCCUCGCAUACUGGCAAAUCAUAUGACAAAAGUGGACCUGCACUUUUUGUUAGACGAUGCGAUACAGAUCGAGGGUUUAGAGAAAACCGCGUCUGGCUUGGAAUUAUGUUUUCUGCCUCAGGGAAGAUCACUGCGGUUAGAUGUUAUUGAAAGGAUUGAAACCUUCCGCCUACUGAUAGCAGUGACUAUACUGACUUGCCAAACGGACAGACAAAGAGCCGAUACUAUCAACGAUUGGAUACUUCUCGCCGUAGAAACAAAAACUGCGCUAGGAAAUCUUUACGGGUUCUCAGCCAUCAUGUUCGGACUCUGUAUGCCGCAGGUGGAAUGUUUAGAAAACGCUUGGAAUAUUUUACGACGUGUUUACACAGACAAUGCCUUUAUGUUCGAAGCAAAGCUGCGACCUUGUUUUAAAAGUAUGAAUGAGGGCACAAACCCUCUGCCACCGAACACGACAACCCCGCAUAUUUUGCCGCCGGUACUAUGCUUCCAUUUGUUCGAUGGCGAAGGAGGCGGGCUGAUGCAGCCAGACGAGUCGUUCCCGACGAGUCUGAUGAACAUCCUCGCGUUCGACUUCAACGCGACCGCAGCGCAUCUGGAGGCCGCGCGCUACUUCCCGGACCAAGUGGACAUGCUCAAACGGAACGCUAGGACAGUGGUGCAGGAAAUGUCUUCCCUGGGGCCAACCUUGGAUCCCACCCUACUAGAAUUAUUCAAAACUGAAUUUCACAUUAAUUUUCUUUGGGGGGAACGCGGGGCGUUAACUACUCCAAACCAGAGGUUUGCCCGGUUAACUGAUAUUUUAACGGCGAUGGCUAAUAAACUCGCAAAUCAGCCGCCAGAGUGUGAAGGGGCUGUCUAAGCACUAAGCAGCGACAAAUUGUAGACACGUUUUGUGUGAUCAGUGAUCGAAGGAACAUUAAUACUCUCUACCAUAUCAUCUCAUUAUUUAAGGAACCGACAUUUUACGUAUUAAUGUAUUUAUAUAUAUAUUCGUCUACAUAAAUAUUAACUCCCUAAUGUUUAAUAAAACUCAAACAACAAUUGCUAAAUGCAAAUUAUUUAUGUAGCUUAGUCAAGUUAGAAAUUAGGAAUCUCCAUGUAAAAGUAAGGCCCAUGUUACACAGGCAGUCACCCGAAAUGGUGCGAGCUGUUAUAGUUGUAGAUAAUUAAAGUAAUGAUAGUAUUGAUUGACAUUACGCUGUCCUUGUCACAUUGUUAUGUCAUAUAUGUGGGAGCGCCAUUAGCUGUGUGCUCUUCAAACUGUCAGAUCUGUACUGUAGAUAUAGACUACAUACAUAUACAUACAUAUGUGUAGUUUUGCGUGGACUAAAUACUAAUCAAUCAUAAAUGACAAGAACCCAAAGAUAUUUCUUUUUACAUAUUAUAUGAUUCCAAUGCUCGGUGUGACUGACCUGUGCAUCAUGAUUCAUGAGCGUAGAAUAUGUAGGUAUAUCUAUGCGUAACUAUUUGUUAUAUUUAUAAAAUGUGUCUUCAAAUAAAUUGAAACAAAUC